CAAGAGGAAAUGAGGAUGCGAGGAGAUGUCACUGGGCUGAGGCCUGGAUAAAUCCGUGUCUGCUCCGUUAGUUCGAAGCCUUCGGACUUGGCCGGAUCAGGCUGCAUGGUUUUGAGGAAUGAGUUUGAUUAGCAGAGGAUCCAUGCAGAAUUUGCUCUUGAUCUUGGCUCUUGGAAACCUUCUUGUCACAUGCGACCCUGCAAGAGGAACUCGCAACGUUCAUCUCAGGCUGGAGUUGAGAGGGGGAGAAAAGAGAUCUUUCGUGCCUGAAGCAUUCAAGAACAAGACCGAACGAUCGAAGAGGUUCAGGAGCAAGGCUAAACACGAGCAUAUAAAUGAGAAUGCAGACAACCUGUCCGACAAACAGAAAGCUGGCCCUUUCAAUGCUGUUAGGGAUGACUACAACAUUUCUGCCGAUGAAUCCCAGGGCUCCUCCCUCGACCUUUCCGUUUCCUCGACGGAGGAGAGCGAUCCCAAAGAGCGUGAACUGAGCGAGUCUGCAGAGCUUUGCCCUGCAUGCGGCAAUCUCGAACACGAAAACCUUACCUCCGAUGUCGAUAUGGUGAUACCAACUGACCUCUCUAUGUUUCCCAUGGACGAGGAGACCAAGAAAGUGUUUUUGGCUCGUGAGCGACAGAACUUGACGGUCGACGCUGAGCUAUGUGAGUUUCUCAUGAAACUCUGCUGCAAGCGGGAGAAUUGUACUGCAGCGCUGGGGCUGUUCCAGUUCAUGGAGAACCAAAGCAUGGCCCCAACAUACAUGACGAUCGGCUACUUGUUGAACCUCCUGACCGAGGAGAAACAGUUUCCUCUUGGAGUUUCCGUGCUGCAGAAGUCUCUCAAGAUGGGGUUUUCGCUCAACGACGAGGUCUACGACAUGGAAUGGAGCAUUCUGAUCGAGUUGUUCGAAGAAAUGCGAUCGAGUGGUUUCAUUCCCAACGACGAGUCCUACAUAUCCUUCUUCGAGGCUUGCAGUCACAUGCAUGAAGGCAAGAAAGCUCUUCAAGAGGCGACGCUGUUGCAGAAGGAGCUCACGUACAUGAACGAUCAACGUGUCAAGAUGGAGGAGAGGUUGCUGCAGCUGCGGGAGAUGAAGGAGCAGGAAGAGAAGAGGGACAACAGUGAGAGAAGCUCGAUGACUGUGUCUGUCGAGACGGAGCUGAAAAAGAUGGGGGUCGAGGUGAGUUCAUCCGAGGGAGAGUCGGGGAAUUCCAACUCCACAGAAGUCGAAAUCGGGUGA